AUGACCGACAACCUCGAUACCUCAUCUGCCCCGCCCGUCGAAUGGAACGCAGAUCAGCGCUCCUGGAUUCAACUCUACUACAAGCUACUUUUGGAAACCAUACGCCGAUACCCAACUUUCCCGGUCUGCACUAGUGAUAGCGUAGCUGCAAUUGCUCACCGAAUGUUCUACCGCAGCCCCGAAGAGAAGCAAAAUGGCAUCAAUCCGCACUCCUCGGAAGACGAUGAGAUCUAUAAGGCCUCGUUCAUUAGCUACCGGAACGCCGCGAUGCCGAAUCUACUGUCUCAAAUUGUGCAACUCUGCAAGGAUACUGCCGAAUUAGACUCUCGCUGCAGCAUACCCCAGGUCUUCAUCAACAGGCCGAUGCUGGACGAAUACAAGAGGAUCAGCAGGAAGUAUGGCUUCGAGAACAAUGAUCCACAGCCCUGGGACACGCAGCCUGAUCUCUGGGAGUUCAUCUCGAAGGCAGUAACCGAGAAAGUCCUUCACCGUGGGGUUCUGGACAGUCAGGAUACUGUCGUGCAGUCAUUUGUUGAAGCACCUGACGGCCGCCCACCACCGAUCUCUGAUGAAGAGCGCGCGGAGUUGAGGCUGCUGCAGCAACUCAUUCAGCGUCGACUUGCUAGAGCUGACGAUGACGAUCCAUCGAUGGCAUAG